GUCCCUCACUUGUGUCUGGCUCUGGUGUCGGGUGAACGACGGGCUCUUCUCUCUCCGUGUCGCAGGGGAUAUCGCGGGAGUGGAGGCGCACGGGAGUCGCGGCGGGGCCCGGGGCUCUCGGUCUAGCGCUCUAUCGGGACGUCUGGCGUUGUCGCGACAUAUCGCCGCCAUGGGCUGCACGGUGAGCGCCGAGGACAAAGCGGCGGCCGAGAGAUCCAAGAACAUCGACAAAAACCUGAGGGAAGACGGAGAGAAGGCGGCGCGGGAGGUGAAGCUGCUGCUGCUGGGUGCAGGAGAAUCGGGGAAAAGCACAAUCGUCAAGCAGAUGAAGAUUAUCCACGAGGACGGUUACUCGGAGGAGGAGUGCCGGCAGUACCGGGCCGUGGUUUACAGUAACACCAUCCAGUCCAUCAUGGCCAUAAUAAAGGCGAUGGGGAACCUCAAGAUCGAUUUUGGGGACUCGGCCAGAGCGGACGAUGCCCGGCAGCUCUUUGCAUUGUCGUGCACAGCGGAGGAGCAGGGGAUAAUGCCGGAUGACCUAGCCGGAGUGAUCCGCAGACUGUGGGCGGACCAGGGCGUGCAGGUCUGCUUCAACCGCUCCCGCGAAUACCAGCUCAACGACUCCGCAGCCUACUAUCUGAAUGAUCUGGAGCGGAUCGCCCGGUCGGACUACGUGCCCACGCAGCAGGACGUCUUGAGGACGAGAGUAAAAACCACGGGGAUUGUGGAGACGCAUUUCACCUUCAAAGAUCUCCAUUUCAAGAUGUUUGAUGUCGGUGGACAGCGGUCUGAGCGGAAGAAAUGGAUCCACUGCUUUGAGGGGGUGACGGCUAUCAUCUUCUGUGUGGCUCUCAGCGCUUAUGACCUCGUCCUGGCGGAAGACGAGGAGAUGAACCGGAUGCAUGAAAGCAUGAAGCUCUUCGACAGCAUUUGCAACAACAAAUGGUUCACGGAGACGUCCAUCAUCCUCUUCCUCAAUAAGAAGGAUCUGUUUGAGGAGAAGAUCACCCAGAGUCCUCUCGCCAUCUGCUUCCCUGAAUACACAGGUGCUAACCAAUACGAUGAAGCCGCCAGCUACAUCCAGAGCAAGUUUGAGGACCUGAACAAGAGACGCGACACCAAGGAGAUCUACACGCACUUCACCUGUGCAACAGACACGAAAAACGUCCAGUUCGUGUUUGAUGCGGUGACGGAUGUGAUCAUCAAGAAUAACCUGAAGGACUGCGGCCUCUUCUAACCCCAGGGGCCGCUGGUGAUGUCGGCAGGAGAUGGGAGCAGAGUUUCGCCCUUCUUGAAAUUUUACAGUUUUUAUUCUGAGUGUCUCAUUUUGUAAUUAACCUUUCCUCUGCUGGAUGGAGUCGGGCGUGGGGAGCAGUAAUCUUAACCCCUUCACAGCUGGAGCCCUCCGCUCCCCUCUCUCUCGGCACAGCUGACAUAUUUUUUUUCCUAUCAUUUCCGGUUUUGCAGAUGUUUAAAGCACAACCUGUGUCCAGAGAGGCGAGGGCGCCGGGUGCAGAAUGUGGCGGGGGUUGGAUUUACCGCCGCCUCGGACACGGUCGUAGCGGUCAUCUUCACUCGCCGAGGCCGCAGGGCUUCGUGCGUGUAACGGUCUUACGGCAUUAACUCCAUUACGAGGAGCAGAACCGCGGAGUGCCUGUAGCUUUAACCCAUUCUUCUCCAGGGCUGCGUUAAACCUGCGCCUCUUCCCGGUCUGUGGCUCUUGAAUAUUUAGCUUCUUUCUGUAUUGUGAUCAUUUCAUUGCCAGGUGGGCACAAGAAGGGCAACAUCCAGUCAGCAGUGUCCCCUCCCCCGCUAGUUACUGCGAGCGCUGCCCUUCAUCAAUGGCGGUUUAACCUGUCUGCCGAAACUCACAUUCCUGUAAGAGGGUGUCAUAGAGAAGUGAGCCUAGCCUCUAGCUGUGGGGCCGCGGCGCUGUCCCCCUGCCUGGGGCCCCGGAGAUCAUUACCUGUAGCUUUCGUGCCUUCAGCCGUUCUGUGUGGUUAUUUUUUUUUUUUAUGUUUUAUCUUAAUAUUUGUAGCUCCGCAGAUAACCGGAGAAGAGCGUGGCCUCCAUCUUGAGGCGCCUCCGCAUCUUACGUUCUUUGCCGCCUUGUACUGAACUCCCACAAUCCUCUGCUCUUCUUCUCACAUUUCCAUAACUGAACCCCCACACCCGGGCCAAUGGCGUCUGUUUCUUUAUCGCUCAGGGUCACCACUGAAGAGGUUAAUCCAACAUGAGAACCUCCCCAAGCUUAAUUUAUUUUCCUGAGGUCAGGGGCCCCUGCGGCUCACAUGAUGGAGGUGCCGUGAUUGUAAAGAGAUGGCGAUAGAAACACGGACCAAAGCGGAUGAGGCGGCCAUUGUGUAGACGAGGGCAAUAUUCAUCCUGAUUAUCAGCUCAUUAGACACCAUUGACCUUGCUGAGGUAUGAGGCACCAAGUGCCUCUGGAGACGAUGUCCCACACAGUGGCUGCCUCCAUUGUCCCUUAGAUCGGGGGUAUGAUGUACAUUGCUUGUUCCCCGACGCUGCCCCCUCCCCCGUCUUUUAAUAGUCUUUUUUUUUUUUUUUUUCUCUCUCUGGAAUUGUUCACAAAGUUUUAAAUAAUAAAAUGUAGAAACUGAA